GCUUUUUUUACUUCACCCUUUCUUUGAACUUCUUGUUAAGCCCCCUUCUCCACUAGCUUCUUCAAUUAAGUGAGAAAAGACGGUGCACAUUUGUAUAUAUAUAUAUGUCAAUAGAUUGUCGAGCUUCGUCAAGUAUGCCAAUGCCGCCUUCUAAUAAUCAGCCUGCUUUUGUUUUUGAUGCAUCAGUUGUUCAAUUUCAAUCCAACAUACCUUCACAGUUCAUAUGGCCUGACCAUGAAAAACCAAGCCCUCAACUUCCAGAAUUGGCGAUUCCGCCUAUUGACUUGGGGGACUUCCUCUCUGGAGAGCCCCUUGCCAUCUCAAAAACUUCACGUCUGGUCAAUGAGGCCUGCAAGAAACAUGGAUUCUUUCUGGUCGUAAAUCAUGGUGUUGAUUUAAGCCUGAUAAAAAAGGCUCACCAGUACAUGGACUUUUUCUUUGGCAUGCAACUUUCCCAGAAGCAAAAGGUUCAAAGAAACAUUGGAGACCACUGUGGAUAUGCUAGCAGCUUCACUGGUAGAUUCUCUUCUAAACUUCCAUGGAAAGAAACACUUUCUUUCCGAUAUUGCGCUGACAAACAGUACUCCUCAAGCACUGUAGAAGAAUAUUUCUGCAACACAAUGGGAGAAAAUUUCAGGCAAUUCGGAAAGGUGUACCAAGAAUAUUGUGAAGCCAUGAGCAGUCUCUCCCUUGCAAUCAUGGAGCUAUUGGGAACCAGUCUAGGGGUUGGAAGAGAAUACUUUAAGGAAUUUUUUCAAGGGCAUGAUUCGAUAAUGAGGCUUAAUUACUAUCCCCCUUGCCAAAAACCAGAUUUGACCCUAGGAACUGGACCUCACUGUGAUCCCACAUCCUUAACAAUUCUUCAUCAGGAUCAAGUGGGUGGCCUUCAAGUGUUUGUAGAUGAAAAAUGGCAGUCUAUUACUCCCAAUCCAGAAGCUUUCGUUGUUAACAUUGGGGACACAUUCAUGGCCCUAUCAAAUGGCAUUUACAAAAGUUGCUUGCAUAGAGCAGUGGUAAAUAACAAAACUGUGAGGAAAUCUCUAGCUUUCUUUCUAUGUCCAAGUAUGGAGAAAAUGGUGACACCUCCAAGCAGUUUGAUCGAUGCUAAAAAUCCAAGGAUGUAUCCGGAUUUCCUAUGGCCCAAGUUGCUGGAAUUUACGCAGAAACAUUAUCGAGCUGACAUGAAAACUCUUGAUGCCUUCUCUCAAUGGCUUCAUGAUCAUCAGCAUCAAAUAAUAAAAGGGUCAUCUGUUUGUUAAUUAUCUGUUCGAGGGCCAAAUACUGAGUGAAGGCAACAGAAAGACCGAAAAGAAAGGUCAGUUUGUGUAAUCAUGUGUUAGUGGUUAUUGUUGAAGAAUGAGAGCCAUGUUUAGGAAUAAUUAAGGAGCUGAAUGCAUGGGCUCCAUAGUGUUUCGUAUUUUAAUGUUGUGUUGUUUCUGUCUUCCACAAAUUUCUUAGCUCCUCUGCAUUUUACGUACAAUAUAUUCUGCAUGUGAAGUCUUUUCUUUUACGAAUAUUAAUAAAUAUUUGGAAUAUUGAUUUCC